AUGUUUACUCGAAGGUUUAUUCCAGUAGUUCAAUCUACUAAGCAGAAUAUCGGCAAAUAUGUGCGAAAGGAUGCUAGGUUCACCUUAUUGACAUACAAUAUGCUCUCACCGUCAUAUAUGUGGCCACAGGUCUAUACCUAUGUUGCAGAGCGGUAUAAAAGUUGGAGUUACAGGCACAAAUUGCUAGAGAAGGAGCUUCUGAACUCAUUUAAGGCGGAUAUUAUGUGUCUGCAAGAAAUGACAAGAAGAGAUUACGAAGACUAUUGGCAUGAUUCCAUUGGAGUUAAUAUCAACUAUGGGUCCAAGUUCAUCUCUAAGACUCCCCCCAAAUAUUGGAAAAAGCCGCUUGAGGAUAUGGACGGAGUAUCUAUUUUUUAUAAUCUUGACAAGUUUGACUUUAUUUCAUCUUCAGGCAUUUAUUUAAAUCAACUACUAAAUGUUUUCAAUGAACGAGAAUUGAAAUAUUUGUACAAUAAAAGGGUGAUAUUAACUGAUGGCGCCUCAAAUGUUGUUGGUGAAGACAGUCUAUUGGAUGUUUUAAAGGGUAAGAAUCAGGUAUGUUUAUUCGUAUCCCUGAAACAUAAAGAAACAGACACUAUCUUUGUCGUUUUGAAUACUCAUUUGUAUUGGAAAUAUGAUGAAGUAAAGUUGACACAAUGCAUGAUCAUAAUGAGGGAAUUAUCAAAAAUUAUUGAGCAACUUCUUCCAGGGGAUGCAAAGGGUCGAGGGAAAGUGAAAAUUUUAUUCACCGGAGAUCUUAACUCUACGAGAGAUUCACUAGUUGUUAAUUUCUUGCAGGGCCAGAUAGUUAAUCAUGGAGAUCUUAAUCUUAUCAACCCGAUGAGGCCGUACCUGGACCGUUGUGUUUAUGAUGACAUACCAAAGGAUUAUUUCGUGCAUACAUGCUAUUCAGGAAAAUUAAAGGGUAUUUUUGAUUAUGUGUGGUACCACGAUUCGGACUUCUUAUUAACCAAGAUUUUAACUGGAAAUGAAGUAUCGGAUGAGUUGCUGGCAUCAAACCAGUUAGGCUUACCGAAUGAAAACCAUCCUAGCGAUCAUAUUCCCCUACUAACAGAAUUCAAAAUAUUAUAA